AUGCUCACCCGGGUCAAGUCGGCCGUGGCCGGGUUCAUGGGCGGAAUAAUGACCGGGGGCGGCUCGGGAGGAGGAGGUGGGAAUCCCGGCUCGGAUUUACCGCUGAAAUUCCCUUAUAUGAGACCGGAGUUCCUCGGACUGUCCCCGGAUGAGAUCGAGUGCUCGGCGGACCAUGUUGCUCGGCCCAUCCUGAUCUUAAAGGAAACCAGGAGAUUACCGUGGGCCACCGGAUACGCAGAGGUGAUCAAUGCUGGUAAAAGUGCACUGAAUGAGGACCAGGCCUGCUGUGAAGUGGUUGUGGCUAGAAGGAGACCCAUGAGCUACUGCCCGCCCUCCACGCCCAGCAAGACCCCCACGGCCAAGAGACGCAACUCCUUACCCAAUGGAGAAGGCCUGGGGGUUCGGCUGGAGCACAACAGAUUGGGAGAGGACAGUGAAGGGCUCGUUUUCCACUACUGGGCUCUGUUCGAUGGUCAUGCCGGCUCUGGAGCCGCAGUCGUCGCCUCCCGGCUGCUUCAGCACCACAUCGCCUGCCAGCUUCAGACCGUCAUCGAGAUCCUGCGCAACCUCCACUCCCUACCCCCCACCGUGAUGGGGGAGGAGCCCGAUAACAGCCCUUAUCUGCAGGGGAAUGCCCCAGGACCUCACCGGGCCCUGACCCGAGCAGCUUCGCUACGUGGGGCCUCGGGGGCCCCGAGCUCCCCGUCCAACACGCCGCCACCGCCACGCUUCUACACUGAGAAGAAGAUCCAACAUGAGAGCCUGGUGAUCGGAGCGAUAGAGAACGCUUUCAAAGAGAUGGAUGCCCAGAUCGAGAGGGAGAAGCAAGUUUAUAACAUCACUGGAGGAUGCACGUCUCUCACUGUGGUUUACCUGCUGGGGAAGCUGUAUGUUGGGAAUGCAGGAGACAGCAGGGCCAUCAUCAUCAGAAGCAACGAGAUCAUACCCAUGUCGGCAGAGUUCACCCCCGAGUCGGAGCGACAGCGACUCCAGUUCCUGGGGUACAUGCAGCCUCACCUGUUGGGGAACGAGUUCACGCACCUGGAAUUCCCCCGCAGGGUUCAAAGGAAGGAGGUGGGCAAGAAGAUGCUCUACAGAGACUUCACCAUGAGUGGAUGGGCAUACAAGACUAUCGAAGAUGAAGAUCUGAAGUUUCCUCUUAUAUACGGUGAAGGGAAAAAGGCGCGGGUUCUGGCAACAAUCGGUGUGACCCGUGGGCUCGGUGACCACGACCUCAAAGUUCAUGACUCCAACAUUUAUAUUAAGCCAUUCCUUUCCUGCUGCCCCGAGGUGAAGGUGUAUAAUCUGAUGCAGUAUGAACACGGGGCAGAUGAUGUUCUGGUGAUGGGAACCGACGGACUCUGGGAUGUCCUCACCAACGAGGAAGUUGCCGAAGCCGUCACCACCUUUCUGUCCAACUGUGACCCCGAUGACUUGCACAGGUACACCAUGGCUGCACAGGACCUGGUGAUGCGGGCACGUGGCGUGCUGAGAGACAGAGGCUGGAGGAUCACCAAUGAGCGCCUCGGCUCUGGAGAUGACAUCUCGGUCUUCAUCAUACCUUUGAUGUACGGCAACCGGGUGCCCUGACGAGCCUGGCGCAAAGAACGGAAGAGCCUGUGGAUUCAUAGGAACAUACUCGCCAUCCUUUUUUUACAAUCCCUUUCUUAGACACGGGAGAAUCCCUAGAUUCUGCUGGUGCUUUAAUUCUCUGUAUUAGUUCAGGUAAGGUCUUUAAAACAACAUUUUGUAUUUAAAAAAAAUCAAUG